AAAAGUGCGGGCAGCAUCCAUGGUAAAAUUCUGAGCAUCGAGUGACGGCUCCAUCAAUCCAAUCUGCUGCUCCCCGCUCCGCUUCUCCUGUCCUUCACCGUCCCCGGAGCUGCACUUCGCUUGCUCUGCAUUACUUGAUCGGAUAUGACCAUAUUCUAACCAGAAUCUCCAGCAUGUAUCCUCAAAAACCAAGCCAACGCCGGUCGAUUUGCUUUCCUCCAUGUAAAUAUGCAGGGAAUUUUCAACCAUGUUAAACUGCUAUAUCUAUAAUUUGAUCUCGAAUAUCCUUGAAGUACUGCCUCUAGGGAAGAAUCGAAGGUAAUACAGAAACGUUUUGGAUUACAACAGGAAUGUUCCCACAAGAAUUUAUCAUACGUUUUCCCGAGGUUGUGCAAAUUAAUUGUGUGAAAAUCCACUGUUACAAUGUCCGCAGGCUUAGUAUCGAGAAAAGUUCAGAAAAGGAUCCUGUGGACUUUGAACCUUUAGCUAAAAGUGAACUUGAACAUGCUGAGGAACAGCUUCAAUUAGAAGAAUUUGCUCUGGAUGGAACAAGGGCGACACAUCUACGAUUUGUUAUUAAAUCAGCUUUUGACCAUUUUGUAUCAGUACACAAAGUGACAGUAGAAGGUACAGAGGAAAUCACUUAAGUCCAUAGAACACAACUGUGAACUUUGUAAA